AUGGCCAGUGGAUCUUGGGAGGAGUUUUUUGCCGUACACCUGCCUCCUCCAGACUUCGAGGACAAUCGGUCUUUACUGAAGGAGUUCUGUGAGAGACAUGAUCAGUAUGGCAACAAAAUUGUACUUGUUACUUCUGGUGGUACAACAGUUCCUCUAGAACACAACACGGUCCGGUUCGUUGACAACUUCAGCGCGGGCACCCGUGGAUCUUCGUCUGCCGAAUACUUCUUGGAACAGGGAUACGCGGUCAUUUUUAUGCACCGUCUGAAAUCCUUGGAGCCCUUCACUAGACACUUCACCGGCCAGAAGUUACUUGAUAUGCUUGAAAUUCAGGAUCGAGGGCCUAAUACUACAAUCUCAGUAAAACCAGACAGCGUGGACGUGCUGGCCCCUAUCCUUCUCCGAUACAAAGCAGCACAUGCAGCGGGGGCGAUCUUACACGUGUCGUUCACAUCAGUGUCCGAGUACUUCUGGCUGCUGCGCGCUGCGUGCGAGUGUCUCGCCAACGUCGGCGCCCGCGCAAUGUUGUAUCUCGCCGCGGCCGUGUCUGACUUCUAUAUACCUAAGGAUAGAGUGCCAACACACAAGAUACAGUCCGCAAGUGGAGCUCCAAUCAUCCAACUCCACUUGGUGCCCAAGAUGCUAGCUCCGCUGGUCAACCUGUGGGUGCCUGAGGCUUACGUGGUUUCCUUCAAGUUGGAGACCGAUGAAAGCUUGCUUAUACCUAAGGCGAGGGCUGCCCUGGAGAAGUAUAAACAUAAGAUGGUAGUAGCGAACUUGCUACAGACCCGCCACCACAGGGUGAUCCUGGUGUCACCUGAUAUUACGCAGGAGAUCGUGCUCACACGAGAGGAAGUUCAUGCCGGCGUGGACAUCGAGUCGUCGCUGGUGAGCGAGAUCGUGCGUCUGCACGCGCUGCACAUGUGCGCGCGCGGCGAGCGCGUGUCGCCGCCGCGCCUCGCGCCGCGCUGA